GGUCCUUCGCUCUUCCUGUGACUCCUCGGUUCGUGUAUAGCACUAGGUCUCGGGAGCGUCUUGAACAAUGGGCUUUGGUGAUCUGAAAACCCCUGCCGGCCUUAAGGUUCUAAACGACUUUUUGGCCGAUAAGAGCUACAUCGAAGGUUGGGUGGCAUCCCAGGCUGAUGUAGCUGUGUUCGACGCCAUCUCUUCCGCACCCUCCGCAGACCUGUGCCACGCGUUGCGCUGGUACAACCACAUCAAGUCAUUCCAGAACCAGAAAGGCAGUCUGCCAGGAGUAAAGAAAUCUCUGGGUCAGUAUGGUCCUGCUGGGGUGGAAGAUAAGACCCCUGCAUCUGGAGACUCCAAGGAUGACGACGAUGACAUGGACCUGUUUGGCUCUGACGACGAGGAGGAUGCAGAGGCAGAGAAGCUGAAGGAGGAAAGAAUUGCAGCGUACGCCGCCAAGAAGUCAAAGAAGCCCGCACUAAUCGCCAAAUCAUCAAUCCUGUUAGACGUGAAACCGUGGGACGAUGAGACGGACAUGGCCAAACUAGAGGAGUGUGUCCGUAGCAUUUCCAUGGACGGCCUUCUCUGGGGACAGUCCAAGCUGGUACCAGUGGGCUAUGGCAUCAAGAAGCUGCAGAUCGGGUGCGUUGUGGAAGACGACAAGGUGGGAACAGACCAGCUGGAGGAACAGAUCACAGCCUUUGAGGACUACGUUCAGUCUAUGGAUGUGGCCGCGUUCAACAAGAUCUAAACGCACAUUUCACCAAAAGACUAUGCACAUGGAAGCCGCAAUUAAAAAAGCACUUCAAAUGG